GGGAGAGGAGAGGAGGGACCACCAUCUUCAAAUUCAGUCGUUGUUCCGCUCAUCAGUUGAUUAAUGGACUCCUGCGCCACACCCCGUCACUCCAUCACUUUGGCCAUUCGUCACUCAACCCCCCCAGCUCACCCAUCCAUCAGAAGACAACACAAAACAGCAUGGGGCAAAUAAAACUACGCGGGGGAGUCCCCGACCAAGAGCAUGACCUGCAAGUGGCUCCCGACGGCACGGAGUCGAUCAUCAUCGGGAGGAACAUGUGGGGGAUAACACAGAAACGCGCGAGUCGAGAGCAAGUGCGCGUAGACUACAACCCGCUCACCUCCAAGCUAACCAUCACCCAACUCGGCCCCAAUACCUCCUACGCUACCGUUCUCGGAGACACCAUACCCAUCGGACAACACCAAACCGUCACCCUCGACCGCGACAGCGCGUUCUCGCUUUUGGAGGAUAAGCUGUGGUUUUAUGUCAUCUGGCCCAGGAAGAGGGGGCCGAGUCCCCUUGAUUUCGAGACGGAGGAUGGAAGGGACGGGGGUGGCGAGACAAAGGGGGUGGCGAGACCGACAAAGAGGAAACGAUUACCCCCCCGUAAACGCACCGCUGCAAGUUAUAAAGAGGACGAGUCUGGGAGCGAGUUUGGGGAGGAUGAUGAGGAGGAGGAAUAUGUGGGUGGGAGUGGGGAUGAGGAUGAGGAUGAUGAUGAUGAUAUGGAGGACUUUAUCGAUGAUGAUGAUUUGGAAGAUGACGAGGACGAUUCUGAUGGCAAUAAGGGGAAGGCAAAGAAAUCAAAGAAGAGGGAAUGUAUGUACGGGAAGAAGUGUUAUAGACGGAAUCCACAGCAUUUUGAGGAGUUUGCACAUCCGUGGUUGGAUGAGGAUCAGGAUGGGGGUGGUGCGAGUGGUAGGCGGGGGUCGGCGCCGCAGAGUACGCAGAAACGUACGAGUGGGAAUGGAAGGACGCCGAGUGGUAGGUUUGCAAUGAGCCCGCGAACGCCCGCUACACCGGUUGAUCCGCCGAGGAUGCGGACGAUGGGUGGUGGGGUUAGUCAUCAGUCUGGGAGCAGUUCCAAGACGGUGUCUCCUGUGGAUCGGCCGCCACACAGGGCAGCAGCGGCACCUGAUACUCCAGCUCCGUCGAAUCCGGUCAUCAUCGGUAAUCAAUCCGUCUCUAGAACGGACAACGCAAACACCUCACCCGUCCCCCCGCUGCCGCACCCGGCAGCUACACCCAUCACCCCAGCCCCACCUCAAGACCUAGCCAGCAACCAUCAAUCCACCUCGUAUUCAAACGGCAAAACAACAUCUCCUGAACCAGCAACCGUCGAAACACGAAACCAAACUUCAUCCCACACGCAUAAACCCAUCCCAACCACCUCAGACGACGAAACAACCGACGGAAACGAAUCCGACGUCGUUUUCCCUGCCCCAGCCAACGAUACUACUUCAACAGCACAUACAAUGUUCUUCCAAAGCAACCCACCGACCCGCCCAUAACACUCGCCAUCCACUCCCUCGCCACCGCCGAGGGACAGGUCGAUCUUCAACAGGCCGCCGAAUGUUUCGCUGAGACACUCUCAACCUACCGAACCUCCCCAACAUCGCCCAAUCUGCACAUCACCCUACUAGACUCGGACGCACACGUCUUGGCCGCCUAUGAGAAAGCCAUCGCGGCUGCGGGGGUCACCGGUGGGGUGUUCAAGGCCAUCAAGGGCGAUCUGGCGACUAUGAAGAGUGUGGCGGGGUGUGAUUGUGCAGUGGUGGUUUUGGAGACCAGUUGGCGGUGGAAAGUCU